GUUUACGUGCUGGGCGCCUAUGUUAUUUCAUCCUACUCAAUAAGGAUAACAGCAACCAAUAAAUGUAUGCUUCCUGUUUCACUGAAAUUGCACCUGCGUAAUGGAACCAAUUUUGUGACUGUCCCGAUGCUGACUCAUCCAAUCCUAGCAUGCCCAUGCGAUUUUUAUGGUCACUAUGCAGUGACUUUUCGAAACAAAGCAAUGGAAGAGCUGCUAUCAAAAAGUCAACAAACGUUGCCGCAGGCAUUUUUGUCGCGAGCAGACAAGCCUGCAGUAAAAGUGCCAAUUCAACUACUUGAUGCUCGUGGACCGUGGAAACACAAAAUGGCUGUUUGUGCGACGCCACUCUCUCUCGCCGCUGACUGGACACUGAUGGUGCAGUUCUUUGAGAUUUGGAUAGCUCAGGGAGUAACGAAAUUUUACAUCUAUAUCCAAUCGUUGGCGCCGGAAGUAUUUGCUGUGUUGAAACUUUAUCAGCAGUCCGGCGAUGUUAGCGUGGAGCUGAUCAGUUACGCUCUGCCUGAAACUAGCAAAAAUUCGAACCAAAUUGACUCUUUCCUGCGGAUUCACAGGGAUGAACGAAGUCUUCCUGUGAAUGAUUGUUUGUUGCGAAGCCGUGGUAACGCAAAAUAUACGAUUUCAGCAGAUUUUGAAGAGGUUUUUGUAACUUUCAAAAAUUUUACUUUAUUCGAAAUGCUCGAAAAGCAACAAGGGAUGUCUCAAAAGUCGGGAUCAUAUGUGAUUCGUAGUACUUCGGCUUAUUAUGAGGUGGGUUCUUCUCUUUUUUUUUUUUGCUAUUCGUCAAAUUUAAAAGUACUUUGAGG